GGGGAAACCCGGAGAGGGAAGCCUUUUAUAAAAGCCAAGUCCGGCCACUUUGGGAAGAAUUUGCAGGCAGGGAGACCGGGCUUUGGGUCCAAAAUGGUCGUCCGAUGAGCCAAUGACUGUCUCCAUAACUCUACUGAGCGGUGUGCCAUGUCGAGGGGUGCAGGCUGCUGAAAUAACUCCUGCAGAAUUACAGUCUGCUGUGAGCAUGUGUACAGAAACAAAGGGGACAUGUGGACUAAAGGCUGAGGCUUCUGGCUCCUAAAUCCUCUCUGCAAAGGUCAAUUACAUUGCAAUCAUCUCUGAAAAGAUGACCUCUGCCACGCCGCCCUGCUCCCGCAGCUCCUCCCCUCACAAGGUUUGCCACUCGCAGACACAGACGGACGUUCUGAAGCCGUUACUCGGUGGCGUUCUUUCCGGCGGGAGCGGGACUCUGCGGAAGAGGAGGCGCGUCCUGUCCAAAGAUGGGCGUAGCAACGUGCGCAUCGAGCACGUUAGCGGCAGGGGCGCGCUCUACAUGCGUGACCUGUGGACGACCUUUCUGGAAAUGCAGUGGCGCUACAAGUUCUUCCUGUUCACAGCCACAUUUGCAGGAACCUGGUUCCUGUUUGGGGUUCUGUGGUACUUACUGGCACUGGUGCAUGGAGACCUGCUAGAGUUUGACCCUCCGUCCAACCACACACCGUGUGUGAUGCAGGUACAGACUCUCACCGGAGCCUUCCUCUUCUCCCUGGAAUCCCAAACAACCAUUGGUUAUGGUUUCCGGUGCAUCACCGAGGAAUGCCCAAUUGCUAUAAUCCUCCUAAUAGUGCAGCUCGUCAUCACCAUGCUUAUGGAGAUCUUCAUCACUGGCACCUUUUUGGCCAAGGUGGCGCGACCAAAGAAGCGAGGUGAAACGGUGAAGUUCAGCCAGCAUGCUGUGGUGUCCACUCACGAGGGUCAGCCCUGCCUGAUGAUCAGAGUGGCAAACAUGCGCAAGAGUCUUCUGCUCGGGUGUCAGGUAACUGGCAAACUGCUCCAGACUUCACUGACGAAGGAAGGAGAGACGGUUCGUCUGGAUCAGAGGAACGUGGCCUUCCAGGUGGACACUUCCAGUGACAGCCCCUUCCUCAUUCUGCCCAUGACCUUUUACCACGUCAUCGAUGACAGCAGCCCACUGCGAGCUUGGGCAGCCAAGGGUGGUGGCUGGACUGAUCCAGAACUGGCCGACUUCGAGCUCCUAGUGAUAAUGAGUGCCACAGUGGAGCCGACCUCGGCCACCUGCCAGGUUCGUACCUCCUACUUGCCGGAUGAAAUCCUUUGGGGCUACGAGUUCCCGCCCGUAGUCUCUCUGUCCCCAUCAGGCAAAUAUGUGGCAGACUUUGCCUUCUUUGACAAAGUCGCCAAGACCAAGUCCAGCCCCAUCCUCACACCAUCAGGCCUUCAACACGGCUACCAGAGUAACGGGGGCGGGCUGGUGUCCGAGGUGUUGGAUCUUGACAAGAUUCGUCUGGAGCAGAGCUACAGGGAGCAGCGCGGCGAGGAGCGUGGCCGGGGAAGGGACGCUCCUCUCAGUGUUCGUGUCAGCAAUGUGUGAAGAGAUGAACUGUCAUAUUUACUUCAAGGAAGGCAACGUGAGAUUAGCAACAACAGAACAUCCGUGAAACAAUACUUCAAAAUAAACUGGAAGACCAAACUUUGAUGCAAAUGAUUUAAGGGAAAUCUUCUGGAAUAAUUCAUGCUUUACACUGGUUUGACUGGAAUCUCAUGGUGAUAAUAUACGUCUUAACUGCAGCUACUAUGUGCAUCUGAACAUACUUAUUCCUUUCACAUGUAGUGGGAGCACUUUUACCUAAAAAAAAAAAUGUGAUAGAAAGCAUUCACUAAAACAGGGGUGGGCAAACUUCUGGACUUCUGGUUCUAAAAUUUGACAUAGAGCCAGACCAGUAGCAGAUGUGUAGAUGUUUUGGUGAUUCCCCUCCUAAGAAGAAGAAAUACCAUGAAAUCUGGACAAAAACAUGCUUUUUUUCCUUUCAAAAUUGUGGCUCUGGUUUGCAUUUUUGUAGCCAUGGAUUUAUGUCCCUCAGGGAAAAAUGUAAACUUUGGUUUUGUCUGUCACUACUCACUACUUGGUGCACUAUCCCAGCCAACAAGGCCAAGUGGACCCCAUAUGGUUUAAAAGUGGGCAGAACAUGUGGGCCACGAAUGAGAUUGUCUGCAGUUUCCGUGGUGGCCCCACCUGUGUUUGCCCAGAUCGGCUCUACUGCCUAGGGACCGGCAGCCUGUGAGGCAAACCUACCUGCUCAGCUCCCUGGGCGGUGGCGUUUGCUUGCUCUGCCGGACUCUGGGCAGCGGAGCUCGCUACACUGUCCAGCUACACAGAAGCAGUAGUGACAUAACCCACUGAGUCCCCACUUAAGCCAAUGUGGGCAAACACCACAGAGUUUCUGUGGGGCCACCACAGAAACUGUGGGCAAACCCAAUUGAGGCCCACAUUUUCAACCAUUUGGGGCCCACUUGGCUUUGCUGGCUGGGAUAUAGUGCGUUCACCAUUUUGUAGAAAUGUCAGAAUCUACAAUUCCAAUAUCCAGUGCCAUAAAAAUUUCCGAGAAGUCUCUGCGAAAAAUUAGUAUGCAUCAAUGCUCUUUAAAUUAGUGAAUAUAGACCACUAAAAAUGUUCAUGUGAAUAAACUAUCCAGGUUUUCAUCAUUAGAAUAAAGCAGAUUUAUAUUUAUUAGGUUUUUACUUCAGGAAAUCAGUUAAAUGCCAUAUUUGCCUUUAAAAAAAAGUAGUGAACAAAGUGUUUGUGGCACUUGAUCGAUCCGCAAUAUAUCGUUUUUUAAAAAUUAGGGAGCAAGGAGGUAAUUCAGACACUGCCUUGGAGAAAGGCUGUACUCAUGUGGUGUUGGAAUGAAUGAAAAAAUGUCUCUGACUCGGAAAACACGCGAAGAACUUUCUUCCCCCAAUAAGCAAAAGUCAGUUCACUUGUCGUGCACCACCUACAGCAUAGGCCAAAAGUUUGGACACAUACCUUCUUAUUCAAUGGGUGUGUUUCUUUUCAUGUCUAUUUACAUUGGAGAUUCUCACUGAAGGCUGUGUAAGGGCUAUUCGACCAAGAAGUAGCGUGAUAUAGCCUUGAGGCGGCAGAUGACCUGGCCUGCAGAGUCAACUAGACCUGAACACCAUUGAGAUGUUUUGGGGUGAGCUGGACUGCAGAGUGAAGGCAAAGGGGCCAACAAGUCCUAAACACCUCUGGGAGCUCAUUCAAGAUUGUUGGACAAACAUUUCAGGUGACGACCUCUUGAAGCUCAUCAAGAGAAUACCAAGAGUGGGCAAAGCAGUGAUCAGAGCAAAGGAUGGCUAUUUUGAAGACACUAGAAUAUCAAAUAUGAUUUCAGUUAUUUGACCUUUUUUGCUUAGUACACGACUCCACAAGUUCAGUCUUGAUGCUUCAGUGAGGAUCUAUAAUGUAAAUAGUCAAAACCGCAUUGAUUGAGGAGGUGAAACCAAACUUUUGAUCUGUAUUGUGUGAGGAGACCAGAAUUACAAGGAAAACAUAACAAUAUUGUCGAUUAUCACUGUAAUUUGUUCCAGUUUGGUAAGUCAGAUUAAAUAGUUCGAUGGGCUGCAGUUUGCCCACCCCACAACAAACCUACAAACAAAGCAGUGUGAGAAUAUCUAAUUUAAGGUCUACAUACACUAGGUUAAAUAUGAAAACUGCAAAGAACAAAAUUAAAUAGAACAAAGAGUGAGCAGUUUUUCCAAAUGUUUGAGUUAUAGCUAAAUUUAAGGGCGGUUAGGGGAUGCAAAUGACAUGAGGUGAAACACCCACCACUUUUAGAGUAUCAAGAAAACUUCUUGUAAAAAUGUUUGUCUGAAUUAAAUUCUGAAGUUGCAACAUUCCCAGAAAGAACAACUUUUGGUCAAACACAACUCCAUUCAUGCCUAUGCAAACCUCCCACACACUUCCUGUAUUGUUAGUAUUGCCCUUGCUGUUGAAAAUCUUUGGUUAGAAUUUAUUUGCUGAUGACACUGUCGUCUUUAUGGUGUGUGUGGCAGCUUUGGAUGGUUAAGAAAAAAACAACUUUUUAGCACUUUAAAGUAUGUGAGCAUUCACUGUAAAUGUGCACCUUCAGGAGGUUAGUCGACUUUUUCUAUGAGGUUGUUUUCAUUUAAAGUUAAAAUUAAAUGAAAACUUGCAAUAACAGAAUUAGUUCUCUGAAGCCAAUAUUUUGUCUCAGUGGCUUUGCUGAGAUCCUUUCACUUUUCUAAAUGAGUUGGUGUAAAAAAAAAAACUGUCAGACACACAGAUUGUAAUUAAACACAAAUCUAGGAGCAAUAAGCUUUGAGGUACUAACACAUAAAGUAGCAACAAAUGACCUGAAGUCAAGUCAGCCGACAUGGAUGGAAGUGGUUCAGAACAGAACUAAUAGAGCUGUGGAAAUAUGACAGUAAAACCUUGAUGAUUAGAAAUGAUGAGUGAAACCAGACAGACUGUGGCUGAUGACAAAUGCAGUGGAAACUGCAUGUAUUUUUGAAGUCUACUUGUUUAACAGAAAUCUUUGGACUUUCCAUUGUGAUCACCUUGCAAUUGAUGAGCUCAUUUAAGAUUAUUCUGUAGGAAAUGAAAUAAUAAAGAUGACUUACAUGUUA